CGGAAGUUGCGUCACUGCUGCCGAGCCGAUCCGAGCCAGGCCAAAAACACAUCAGAAACUCUGGACCAGAUGUUCCCGAUCAGAGCCUGAUCCCGGACUGGACACCCGGACCACAGGCUGGAUCAUUAACCCGGACCUUAGCCAGGUUUAACCCGGGAUAAGAGCCUCUAACCCGGGUCUGUUUUUCCAAGAUGGCCGACGCCGAAGUCUCCCUCUCCCCUGCUCUGCUUCACCUUAGCCCCUCCCACGCAGCCCCGCCCCCCCCACCUGCCUCCACUUCCCCCACCACCUUCUCCUGUCCCUCCUCCCCCUCCAGUGCCUCCUCUUCCUCCUCUUCGUCGUCAUCUUCCUGUUGUUCUGAGAGCUCCUCCGACUGCCCCCACCACCAUCAUCACCGACACCCCCACCGCCCCCAGCUGCAGUUGCCCCCCCCCCCCAACAGCGAACAGCCGUCCUCCCCCAGCGCCAGCCCCCGCAGCUCCUCCCCCAGCGGCAGCAUCGGCAGCACCGGCAGCCUGGGCAGCAGCAGCGAAGGCAUUGGCAGCAGCGGCGGCUCAUCGAGCGGCGAACAGAGAGGUCCCACCCCCCCGCUGGAUGCCAUAUCUGAGGACGCCAUGGAGAUGGACCUGGGGGCGGACCAGGUGAUCGACCCAGAAGUGGCUCUGAAGGCCUGCCAGGAGGUUCUUCUCAAGGUGAAGCUACAGAACAGGGAGGUGCCUGACCAGCAACAAGUGGACAACAAACAGGAACUGGACGAUCACCAACAACAACAACAACAACAGGAGGAAGAGGACAAUCAACAACAACAACAUCAACAGGACGAUCAUCAUCAUCAACAACAACAACAGGACAAUCAACAAAAACAAACACACCCUCCCUGCACAGACCCCACAGAGAGCUCCGGCCCUCAGUGGCUCAUCAGCCCUGACACCAGCUCCAUCAAAGAGGAGGAUGAGGAGGAAGUAGAAGAGGGGGGUUCUGGGAAAGAUGAAGUAAAACAACAUGGCACUUCUUCCCAGCGAGACACUCCUCCUCCUUCUUCCUCUCGGCUGGAGUCUUCCUCGCUGCUGUCGGCCUCGUCUUCAUCCAAACAGUCCUGGCUGCUCCGCCUGUUCGAGUCCAAGCUGUUUGACGUCUCCAUGGCGAUCGCCUAUCUGUACAAGUCCAAGGAGCCGGGGGUUCAGGCCUACAUCGGGAACCGGCUGUUCAGUUUCCCUGACAGCGAGGUGGACUUCUACCUGCCGCAGCUGCUCAACAUGUACGUCCACAUGGACACGGAGGUGGGCGACGCCAUCAGUCCGUACCUGAUCCACCGCUGCCGGGGGGGCAUCACCUUCUCCCUGCUGACCGCCUGGCUGCUGGGCGCGUAUUCCUCCGACAUGCACAUUUCCACCCAGCGUCACUCCAGAGGAAACAAACUGCGGAAACUCAUCCUGUCCGAUGAGCUCAAACCCUCUGCCCCCCCUGCCGACCCUCAACGGGGGGGGUCCGUCUCUGGAAGCCCGGCAUCCUCCCCGUCAAAUCGCCGCUGCCACCGCCGCCACAACAGCCACAACGUGGACUCAACCUCACCUUUUCCCUCCCCCGACAGUCCAGUACCAGGGGAGUCGGAGGUGUUCGUCUCCCCCUCCAGGAGGACCCACCAGAGGUCCAAGUCCGACGCCACCACGGCCAGCAGCGGGUUCGGAUCCGGCCUCCGGCGGACAGGAAGUAACCCGAGAGUGGAGGCCGUGCCUGAGGAGCUGGAGCGUCUGCGGCCUCAGAGGGAGCUGGUGAAAUCUCUGCUCGGCAUCGGGAGGCGUUUGGCCACGCUGCCGACCAAAGAGCAGAAGACUCAGCGUCUGAUCUCCGAACUUUCGCUGCUCAACCACAAGCUGCCCGCCAGAGUCUGGAUGCCCACGGCCGAGAACCAGCACCACGUCUGCAGGAUCCCAAACACUCAGGCCGUGGUGCUCAACUCCAAGGACAAGGCUCCGUACAUCAUCUACGUGGAGGUCCUGGAAUGUGACAGCUUCGAGACGUCUGCGGUUCCGGCCCGGAUCCCGGAGACCAGGAUCCGCUCGGCUCGAUCCGCGGAGAACCUGGAUUGCGGCGGUGGCGUGACCGCGGCUAACGCUAACCUCAGCACGAUGACCUCAGAGCAUCGCACCGGAAGCUUCUCCACCGUCCCGAACUACGACAACGACGACGAGGCCUGGGCGACCGACGACAUCGGGCAGCUGCAGGUGGAGGUGGAGGCUCAGACCAGCAGCUCCGAUAACAUCAGCCAGUUCUCCGUGGACAGCAUCACCAGUCUGGAGAGCCGAGAGCCAGUGUUCAUCGCCGCCGGAGACAUCAGGCGGCGGCUCUCGGAGAACCUGGCUCAGACCCCCACCUCGUUCCGCAGAGACCCUGAGGACCCGUCAGCCGUCGCCCUCAAAGAACCCUGGGAGGAGAAAGUCAGGAGGAUCAGGGAGGGCUCUCCGUACGGUCACCUGCUGAACUGGCGCCUGCUGUCGGUCAUCGUGAAGUGUGGAGACGACCUGAGGCAGGAGCUGCUGGCCUACCAGGUGCUGCGGCAGCUGCAGAGCAUCUGGCAGCAGGAGAGGGUUCCUCUGUGGAUCAAACCCUAUAAGAUCCUGGUGAUGUCAUCGGACAGCGGCAUGAUCGAACCCGUGCUCAACGCCGUCUCCCUGCACCAGGUGCGUAAGCAGAGCCAGAUGUCCCUGCUGGAUUACUUCCUGCAGGAGCACGGCAGCUUCACCACCGAGGAGUUCCUGACGGCUCAGAGGAACUUCGUGCAGAGCUGCGCCGGGUACUCUCUGAUCUGCUACCUGCUGCAGGUCAAAGAUAGGCACAACGGGAACAUCCUGCUGGACUCUGAAGGCCACAUCAUCCACAUCGACUUCGGCUUCAUCCUCUCCAGCUCUCCUCGGAACCUGGGCUUCGAGACCUCCGCCUUCAAGCUCACCUCGGAGUUCGUAGACGUGAUGGGGGGUCUGGACGGAGACAUGUUCAUCUACUACAAGAUGCUGAUGCUGCAGGGGCUCAUCGCAGCUCGGAAGCACAUGGAGAAGGUCCUGCAGAUCGUGGAGAUCAUGCAGCAGGGCUCUCAUCUGGCCUGCUUCCACGGCUCCAGCACCAUCCGGGGUCUGAAGGAGCGCUUCCACAUGUCCCUGACGGAGGAGCAGCUGCAGGUGCUGGUGGAGCAGCUGGUGGACGGCUCCAUGAGGUCCAUCACCACCAAGCUGUACGACUCCUUCCAGUACGUCACCAACGGCAUCAUGUGACCUCUGACCUCGAAGCUUCACUGCAGAAUUGUAGUGUGUGGGCUGAAGGGCUUUACUGGAUUCUCUGUUUCUUCUUUAUGUGACGAUCAGCUGAUUUGAUGUGUUGGGUUCAUGAGCAGCUGAGAGACUGCAGCGUCUGGGACUUUAUCAAAACUGGAGGCAUCAAGUUAAAUAAAAAAACUACAAGACUUCUCCUGGAUGUUCCUCUGAACCAGCAUCAACACAUGGUUUGAACCACAGAGCUGUAAUGAGCAAGGAACAUUCAGCUGCAGAUCGGACAGAAACUCGCUUCAGUUUCUGGUAAUUUGUGAAAUGUAAUGACAUUUUAGAGAUCAAAUCCUAAAUUGAUAUGAACCUAAAUAGCAAACGGCUCUCUAAAUAAAGAAGUGUGUUCUCAGAGAGCAGAGCGGUAAGAGCUGCGUAGAGGAGAACAGCGUGUGUUCUCUGACUGAAGGUCUGACAUGUUUCCACACCAACAGGUUAUUUUGUGUUUUAGUUUAGAUGUUUCAGACAUUCAUCAUCUGUUUCUGGAGAUCUGAACUAGUUCCAGCUGGAUGAGGAUUCUGGUUCUUCACGGUUAGUUUUUUGCAAACUUUUAAAAAGAAUCCUCUAAAAGCCACAUAGCAGAUCGAGCAUUCCGUCUGCUAAGUGUUAGCACGGCACCUUGCUAACUCUGAGCAUGCAUGCUAACGUUGGUAUGCUAAAUGCCGCGCUGCAUGCAGGCUAAAAUGCUCUGGUGUCAGAUAUCAAGAGCGACUUCUACAAACAUGAACAUCAUUUUAACUUGAGGUGAACCACUGAUGAUAAGAUUUGUAGGAGAUAUUCCCGCCUAAAGUAUCUCUGCUAGCGGCUAACGUGCUAACACUAGAACUCAGUUGUUUUCUUUGUUGAUCCAAAACCAAACCGUAACUUUGUGAAUAGAUUGCUUCAUGUAAUGUUGAGAUUUAAUGGACCUAUACAUCUUUAUUUUAAUAAGAUUUAUGUACAGUGCUAACCGCUACCCUUCCUAAUGUUUGACUCGAGUGUCUGGUGAGAAAGAGCCUCCAUUGAUCUGCCGUUGGUCUCUGAGUAACUGUUCUCGUGGUCCGUGUUGAAUUUCAUGAGAAACUUUGGUGUAAUUUUGUUCCAUUCACUUCACGACUUGAUAAAGGAUGCUAACGCUAACACAACUAUACAGUGUUGAACUACAAAGAUCGACAUGGAUCAGCAGUCUUAGAGCAAGCCAACGUGACUUCUGAAACGAUUCCUUUUCAACAGAUUUAUGCAAGAACAUGUUCCUUUCCACUAACUGGAUAUCUGUGUAUAACUGAUUCAUGUGUUACAGUGACGUGUCUGUUAACGAUAUAUGUGCAUAUUUAACGAUGGCUGAUUAGCUGAUUAGCCCCCUGAGAAACAUUCCUGAGACUGAUUUGUGUUUGACAGAAAAUCUAUUUUUCUUUUUGAGGAGACGGAUUUCCUGAAUGUGAAUGUUUUUUAUAUAAUACCAAUCCACUAAAACAAAUGUUGUUUUCAGACUAAUGUGUUCUUAGUAUUGCUGAGCAACUUAAACACGUAUAAUGAAGUUGUAACUAAUGUUGGUGACACAAUAAUGGCUUUAUUCCAGUCCAUCACACUUUAACAUGAACUGGGUUUAGUGUCCUUAAGAAUGUCGAUUUAAGUAUUUGUUAGUGAGUUUGAAAUCAGCGGACCGGAUCACGAACCUAGUGAAAGCUACAUUAGCUUGUGAUCCCAGAAUUAGUUGGCAUAAGUUUCUUAUGAGUGAGUUAGAAAGCAAAAGCUAAUAGUACAUUUUACCGUAGAGAAAAAACAAAAAACCUCCCCGGCUUGCAAACACUUCAGCUGAGUUCCUGUUUUAUUUCCUCGCAAAGUUGAAGUUGUUCAUAAUGGUAACGGACUGUUCUAACACUGGGACGGCCUAUGCUACCUACAAGCUAACUAGCGUCUGAACGAACUGUUGAACAAGAGCAGUAAUGAGUACCGUUUACAGUGUUAGAGUAUAUAACUAUUAAGAACGGACUGUUUUCACUUAAAACAAAACGUAAUUUUCAAUCAAUAUACCAGGACUGCUGUUUGUUGUUAGCCAUUAGCAUGACAGUGACUUUAUCUUUUUUUAAUAUAUAUAUUUUCAAGCAUAGUUGUAUGUUUUAGAAGAGCUAGUGGUUGUAGCUAACACGCUAGAGUGGAGCACAAGCACAGUGACUGGCUAGCUAGGUUAGCCAUGUACAGAUAAACCUAACAAGCUAGUUGGCUAGCUAACAAUCAACUGUUAGUUAUUUGUUCAAACUCAACUUCUGUUUACCUUCUUCGAUUAUUUUAAUUUAUGUUUCCAUCAAUUAGAGAAAAAACCUCAAGUAAUCACAACUAGCUGUUUUCGGUUAGCACAGUGGUGAACAUUAAAUAUUAUAAAACUACCCUCUGAUUGUAAAGACAUAAGAGCUGGAAUAACGUCACUACUCGGUGUUACCCUCAUUAUUGUAUGUACAGUUGUUUUUGUGUGUGUUUUGACCACUAUUGAAGGAGAAGCACAGACCUUUUAUUGUGAAACCAUGUUACCGCUAACCGUUAGCCUGCUACCCAUUAGCCGCUACUUUAUACACCACGGCGCUUUCCAGAGACGCAGCUGUGACUAAAGUUUACCAGAUAAGCAACUUAAAUAGCAAACCCCAUCUCGUUCUGUUCCUGUGUGAAUAUGUAUGUAUGUAAAUGAACUUUAAUGUAAAAUGAGAUGCCUUGAGACGCACAGGAGGUACACACUCUGAUCAAUGCAACCGGACACCAAGAGGUCCGACAGUCGGCCUGAGAAGUGCUUUUAUAUCUGACCCUUCAGGGACGAGUUUUAACGCCUUCCUCUCUGACAUCUGGACAAUGAUUUAUAUCUACAAGUAAUUACAGUUAUUCCCUGGAAGCUAGACUGAUUCUUUAAAGUACAAGAUGUCAGAGGCAUCUUAUUUCUUUGUUUUUCCACAUUCACUAAAGGCACAUUAAGGCCAAAAUGCAUUUAAAUACUAGCUGGUUGAGUUUCUGUAUAAGAGAAAAACCAGUUAAAACUCGUCUCUGCUUCUAAAAACCCUUCAUUGCCUUUUAUCUUCCUUUCAUCAGCUCGAAACAUUUAACAAUUUCAACGUGAAAACUCUUUAAGUGCAUUUAUCCAGAAUGAAAAUGUUUUCUGUUAUUUGUUUUUACCACUAAACCCAUUAAAGCAGCAUGGGGACUCCUCCAGCUCUUCCCAA